CACUUUGAAUGUGUGUGUGUGCAUAAAAGUGGAACAAACUUUACAAUGUGAAUCGUCGCCAUUAAUAACAGGGAACUUGAGGGGGAAAUAGUGACUUUUGUGAGUUUGAACUGAAAUAUACCAUGUUUGAACAUUCUGCACUUAAGACUCGUUACUGAAGAAGUUCGUGUCGCGCUGCAGUGAGAAUGGACGGACUGUACUGUCUGCGGUCCGAUCUGAUUCGCGAUGAUUGUCUGGACGGCUGGACGGUGAUCGGAUCCGGUGGGUUCGGACAGAUCUACCGAGCAAAACACAAGGGAUGGGGAACCGACGUGGCGAUAAAGUUGUUGCUUUAUAAUGACGGCAGGUCCACGUCGUCUCUUCAAAGAGAAGCUAAUCUGAUGUUCCAGGGUGGAAAUCCAAAUGUCCUGCGGAUCUUCGGCUUGUACGAGGGGCGUCUGGGCGGUAUGCAUAACCUGUCUCAGGUAGGUCUGGUGAUGGAGUUCAUGUCGAGGGGCUCUCUGGCUGAUCUACUGCAUGCGUUGAGUGGACCCCCUCCGUGGCCUCUGACCUUCCGCAUCACUCAUCAGAUUGGUCUGGGAAUGAACUUCCUGCAUCAGUUGGCCACUCCCCUUUUACACUUGGAUCUGAAGCCCAAUAACGUGCUCCUGGAUGACAGCCUCAACGCCAAGCUAACAGAUUUUGGUCUGUCGCGAGUUGCUCGAAGUCUUUCUAAAAGUGUCCAAGAGAAGGAUGAAUCCGAGGGUGGAACUUUGAGCUACAUGCCGCCUGAAGCGCUGAACUCUGUGAAUUACAAACCAAACAAAGCCUCUGACAUUUACAGUUACGGUGUGCUGUUGUGGUCCAUCAUCACUGGAAAGGAGCCAUACGCUAAUGCUCUCUCGAGUCUGGUACGCUUUCGUAUCCCUCAAGGUGACAGACCGGAUGUGACAUCAAUCGACCACAGUGUGGCAGAAGGGUUGGAUGAUAUAGUUCAGCUCAUGUCAGCGUGCUGGACUCAUGAACCCAACCAGAGACCGUCAUUCAGAGAUUGUGUUCAUGUGACUGAAAAGGUCUUCAACAUGCACAAACGUGGAGUGAACGAUGCUGUUCAUGAUGUUCUCAAACAACUGGACGAUGACAUCUGUUCCGGUUUAAGAUCGGUCCAAAUCAGCCCUAAAGCAAAGAACAGACGGCCUCCUUUUAUUUCGUGUGUCACAGGUCCUUCUCCUCAACAGGAAACAGGUGCCAAUCAAAAAGCAGAGGGCAGAAAAAAAGAUUCCCUUUCUCGUCCGGUCGUGUUUGUGGCGCCUCACUCUAACAGAGCACCACAGCGUCAAUCAUCAACACCAGGCCGCGUCUCCAUUCAUAUGUCCAACGUCAGUGCGGUUCAGAUUGGCAACAACAACUUCAUGAACAUUUCUCCAGGAUCCCGUCAAAGGCACCAGACAGCUCCGUCUAGUGCCAACAGAUCCCAGAGGCUUUAGAUAACCUUUAUCUGUUCAUGUGGUUGAGUGUGUUGGUUUUCCUUUUUCAACAUUUCUGAUCCUUCAUCCAGCAUUAAAAAUGUUUCUGAACGAUUCCGCCUUAAUAUGAUCAGAAAAGCUUUUGCUCUUUUCUUAUUUAAGUCCCGUGUGUUUGGAGAGUUUUAAACCGAAUGUUACAGAAAUUAUUUCCGGGUCAUUUUAAAGCAAAAUUAUUUUUUUAUACUUUACCUUAAAAAAUACAAUAAAAAAAAUCCAUAAAUUCUUGAAAAUCAAUCAAUCAAAUCUGCCCGCUGUGAAUUGAAGUACGUGUCAGCCCUCAUUCCCAAAUGAACAUGUAGGGGCAAUUCAAUUAUUAAAAGAAUAUUCCAGGUACAAGUUAAACUCAAUCGACAUUUGUGACAUAAUGUUGAUUACCACAAAAAUGACUUUUCUUUAAUAAAAGCACAAAUGUGUGUUCCAGUGAGACACUUCCAAUGGAAGUCAAUGGGGUUUAAUCUGUACACAUUAAAAUACUGUUUCACAAGUAUAAACACAAGACAUCAACAAUAUGUGUGUAAACAUGUUUUUACUGUCAUUAAAUCACUUAGUAAACUUUAGAAAAAGUCUUAAUUUACAACUUCGUUUCAAUGACAACAUCACGCCAUAAACUGUAAAAACGACUAUUUAAACAACUAUACAGCUCAAAUAAUUCAUUCGUUUUACAGAGGAAUUAAUGUAAGUGCUUUUAUAAAAUUAUAAGCUUCACAUUUCUACCUUCCAAAAUUGGACCCCAUUGACUUCCAUUGUAAGUGUCUCACUGUAUUAUUAUUAUUAUUAUUAUUUAUUUUUUUUUUUAACGAAAAGUAGGGACGAGUCGAAAUUAUUUUAUGUGGUAAUCAACAUGACUUAACUUGAAUUGAACCCAGAAUAUUCCUUUAAGUGAACAUGUGAGUGGCUUCAGCAUGACUGUGAUACGUGCUGCUGUUUUAAUAAUACAUAUGCUAACUAAUAAAGUACCUACAGUAGCUUACCUUGAAUUAAAUGUUUUAUA